AUGUCGGUGUUGAUCGUGACGAGCUUAGGGGACUUAGUCGUCGAUUUGCACACUAACAAAUGCCCGUUAACCUGCAAAAAUUUCUUGAAGCUUUGCAAGAUUAAGUACUAUAAUGGGUGUUUAUUUCACACUGUUCAAAAGGAUUUUACUGCUCAAACUGGCGAUCCAACUGGCAUGGGAACUGGCGGUGAUUCUGUUUACAAGUUUCUUUAUGGUGAUCAAGCACGGUUUUUCAGCGAUGAAAUUCAUAUGGAUCUUAAGCAUACCAAAACUGGAACAGUUGCCAUGGCAAGUGCUGGGAAGAAUUUAAAUGCUUCACAGUUCUAUAUCACACUGCGGGAUGACCUUGAUUACCUCGACGGCAAGCACACAACACUUCCUUUCGAUGAUGGUCAGGAAGAGAGCAAUUCCAAGACAACUCCCAAGGAUAAUUCUUCUCCCCCAAUAAUGAAAGUUUUUGGUGAGGUAGCUGAAGGAUUUGAGACUUUAACUAGAAUAAAUGAGGCUUAUGUGGAUGACAAGGGAAGACCAUAUAAAAAUAUAAGAAUCAAGCACACAUACAUCCUGGAGGAUCCUUAUGAUGAUCCUUCCCAGCUAUCUGAGUUCAUUCCUGAAGCUUCUCCAGAAGGAAAACCUAAAGACGAGGUUGAUGAUGAAGUACGACUAGAAGAUGAUUGGGUACCCAUGGAUGAACAAUUAAAUCCAGCAGAACUUGAGGAGGUUAUUAGAUCAAAGGAAGCACAUUCUAGGGCAGUUGUACUUGAGAGUAUUGGGGAUAUUCCUGAUGCUGAGAUUAAGCCUCCUGACAAUGUAUUGUUUGUCUGUAAAUUGAACCCGGUUACUGAGGAUGACGACUUGAAUACUAUAUUUUCACGCUUUGGAACUGUAUCAUCGGCUGAAAUCAUCCGUGAUCACAAGACUGGUGACAGCUUAUGCUAUGCCUUCAUAGAAUUUGAGGACAAACGGUCGUGUGAGCAAGCUUAUUUUAAGAUGGAUAAUGCUUUGAUUGAUGAUCGAAGGAUACAUGUGGAUUUUAGUCAAAGUGUGGCAAAACUGUGGUCUCAAUACAGGCGGAAAGAUCAAAAGGGUAAAGAUGGUGGCUGCUUCAAAUGUGGCGCUACAGAUCACAUUGCCAAGGACUGCACUGGAGAGGCUACAAUGAAACAACCACAAACAAAAUACAUCUUAAAGGAUGAUAAUACCCAGCGUGGUGCAGAUAAUGCGAGAUAUGAAAUGGUUUUUGAUGGAGAUAACCCAGAAAGUCCAAGGCAAGAUAUAAAACACCAAAGGCAUGACAGGGAUGACCCAGUUGAUAGGAAAGGUAGGAGUGAUAAUUUUAAAGAUCAUAGAAAUAGUAGGGAUCAGGAUAGGGGAGACUCGAAUAGAGAUAGGUAUGGUGAUAGGAGCAGAGGGCAUUGGGGAAAUAGAGACGACAAAGCACGGUCUGAAAGAGGUGCAAGAGAUUCGGAUUCCCAUGCUGACAAGAAAGACAGAGAUAGGCACAUGGGAAGACAUGGAGAUGAUGAUUUCAGGCGGAAAGAUGACCGUGAUUCUAGAAGAAGAGACGAAGAUGAUAGCUACAAGCGGAAAGAUGAGCGGGACUCAAGAAGAAGAGAUGAAGAUGAUAGCUACAGAGAAAGACGAAGUACUCGAGAUGAUAGGAGAAACACAGAUUGUAGCCAUUUGGAGAGAAGGAAUGACAGGGAUUAUAGGAAGAGAAGUGAAGACAGUGGAAAGCAAGAUGUGAAGAUUGAUUCUGGGCGGAGAAAAAGAAGUCCAGGUGAGGAGGAUUACAAAAAUGGAAGGAAUGAUGAAGAUUACAGACACAGAAAGGAAGAACGGGGGUACAAAAGACAAGAUAUUGAAGCUGAUGAGUAUUACAAACGUAGAAGGGAGGAACGUGGACAUAAAAGACUGGAUAUUGAAGCUGAUGACUAUCCCCACCGGAGGCAUCAUGGUGACAGGAGAUGA